GCGUUCCGCCAGUCGAGUGGAGACUCCGCACUGCGGCGGUACACUGAACGCUAACGCUCUUUACACUUACACAAUCAUUUACCGAUGUACCUCAUCUGUCACUUCUCAUCAAAGGAUCAGCAUUAGUAAUUGAACAUCAAGUGCUUCAGCGAAACAUCGCUAGUGUAGUGAGUGAUCGAAAACCCGCGAUUUGUGUUUUCUUAGAGGCUUCAUCUCAUCCCGGGCUUAUUGAGGCUGAUUCGUAUCAAAUCAAAUUACAGAUUCAGACUCUGCAAACGGGAAACUGGAAACAAUACCAUAAAUAAAAGAUUUUCAAAAUGAAGAAUAAGAAUAGAUUCUGCAUGGGGUCCUGGUUACUGGCACUGAUGGCCAUGUUGGCGGUACCCACCUUGGCUGACGAUGGCAUGGCCGGGAUAUAUAGGACUCAGUUUAAUACAGUGACCACAUCGAGCACACUCAAAUGGGCAAAUCUAAAGAAGGAGAAUAUGGAGAACUACGUCGUCGGAGCAAAAACAGACGAUGGGUCACCUGUUUAUAUAUGCCGAGCAAAUCAUGAUGGCGAUAUGUUGUUAGGACAUUUAGGGCCUGAAUAUACUAAGUGCGCAGUGUCUGAAACCAAAGCCUACGAUACUUUUGAAGUUCUCGAAAACAUUGAAAACUCGUCCCUCAUUGUAUGGAAUCAAUGGAAUAGGUUCAACCCAAGACCAGAUGGUGCUAUAGUUGUUAAUCCAUCUGAUAGUUCCGACCUCAUUGGCAGGGCCGAUAAUGUUGCCAGAAUCUCUUAUGGCCAGGACACGGGCCGUCUGAUAACAUUCGAUGAGCAAACUAAAGAUGAAGGCGAAGUUCUAAUUGAAAUUGAACCUGUAAGUUACAAACUGGAAAACGUUGUGCUGGAGGAAAAAGCAUCCAGACAGAAUGAUCCCCUCAUAUUCCGGGAAUUGGUUCUUUCAAAUGAAAAUGAUUAUCCUGCCACGGCAACUGAGGAAGUCGCAUACAAAUAUAACUACACCGUUUCCUGGGGCCACGGGCAUGGCCUCUCGGCUGGUUUGAACACAACUAUAGAAAUGCCUGACGGCCCUCUUAAGAUUCGAUGGGCCAGUCCAUUAAAAGAAGAAAGAAAUGGAUUUUAUAAAAUUGAAAAGCAUUUGGAACCUGGAACAUCUUGUAAUGUAACAUUCAGAGGAAACUAUACAGACCGGGAUGCGCAAUACUCCGCUACUUUAACAACUUAUUAUAAAGACGGUCUUACUCGAUCAAGGCUGCUACAAGGGGAACGGAUUGAAAAUACGGUCGACGUUGAAGCAAUUUACGGUGAAGUCUAUUUUACCGGCAAUUAUAGUUUGGUACCCACCACCACUACAACCACAACGACAACGACGACGACUACUACUACCACGCCGUCACCCGAAACCGCCCCACCAGCUUCAGAAGAGGAAGAUAACGAUAAUAGCAUCGCUAGUGACAUAAGGAAGCCUGAUCAUUCAGGGGAAAUGGAUAGCCACAUGUUAGGUGACAGUAGUGAAAAUAUGGGAAAAGCACCCCCGGCCAAGGAAGACAUCAAAUCCGCUUCUGUGGGCCCGCUGGGCAGCAAACCGAAUGACGCCGACAGAAGUGUAUUUGCAUUGAGCCUACUCGUUAUGACGCCACUAUUCGCGAUGUUGCUUUAAGCGGCCAAGAUUGUAGAAUUCCUGUAAAUAGUCAAGCGGAAAUUUACAUAUUUCGCUUUGUUUCCCGAUUAAGCUUGAUGCUAUUGUUUUUUCAGCGUAACAAAUAUUUUGCGGUAUGAUAUAAUGGAGGUUUCUCGACAUUCCCGUUAUGUGAUUCAUUCCAUGUAAAAUAUGACGCCAAAAUAAAUCACAUAACUGUAAAUAUAAAUUGUAUAUAGUUAUUAAAUAUUAACAACGUCGCCGAGCGACAAUGUAGGAAGAUUGUCAAAAGCAGUGGAAGAAUUGGAGAUACCCAGCAAUGUAGGUAGGAAAAAUAAUGAUACAGUAUAAUUAUUGCUGAUGUUACCAAUGAAAUUUGUAUUCAAGGCAAACACAAUAAAAGCUUACAAAACUAAGUUUGCAAAAAUAUGGGAAAUUAUUAUAAUUAAAUGUACUGGUUGCUUACCAUUUGGCCUGUUAUCAUGUUUGACACAAUGAAAUAAAACUAAAAUGCUUUAAGUUUUAUAUGCCUAAUAUUUCUGGUAAUUAAACCAAAAAUUGUGAUUGAAGUUGUAGUAUCUCGUGUUCAGAACUAUGCCAAUCAUUUAAGUAGAGCCUGUGGGCAAUAGGUCAAAUCUAUGCAAAGAUAAAUAUAAAUCUGUAUUUUUCUAUUUUAGUCGAGUAUUGCAAAUAUUGAAAUUGUAAAUAAUUGCAAUAUUUUUAUAGAUGCACUUAGCAAACUGGCUUAUAAUUACAUGAACGUAGUUACUAAAUUGCAGUUUUAUUUGUAUGUAUUGAUUUAAUUUCAGCCCUAGGGUGUUCUUAUUUUAUUUCGAUAUCACCAUCCAAGUUCGAAUGUAAUGACUGUAUACAGUGUCAAAGAAUCAUAUAUUUUACGGUACCUCGUUGUGUUGUAAGUUCCAUAUUCUUUUAUUGUUUUUUUAGUUAUAUAAGUUAAAAGAGUUUAAAAUCCAGAAUUAAGAGAUAUUACUAUUUUUAAAACUUUUAGUGUUAAAUGAUAUUUAAUUUAUUUGUUUUCACAGUGAUGUAUUACUUAAUAUUUUAGUUUCAUGUAACGCAAGCUACAUCAAUUAUUAACAAAAAAUACCUAUCACCUACUAUUAUAACUUGGACAUAUUGUCAAAGUUUUAACUAUCAAAACUCUAAUUAAAAGAAUAGCAAGAACGAUCCCUCCGGUUACCUAAUAUCGUCCUCUACAAAAUCUUGACUUGAAACUUCAACUCUGUCUUAAUUACUUACAGUUUAAACGCAAUGUUUUGGGUAUGUGUAUAGAAAGUGAAUGAUAUUUUUGUAUGGGUAUAUAAUAUCUAUUGUAAGUUAGCCUUUAAGAUAACUUCUCCUAGGGUCACGUCAUAACUUUCGAAUGUUAAAACUACUAACUAAUCAAGUGUUUCUCAGUAUUUUUGUUAAAGAUUAUUAGUUAAGUCUUUAUCCGUUAGUGUUCUCAACGUAGCGAAACAGUUUUUUCAAUACUUUACGUAGGUAGAUAAAUGUCCCACCUAGUGUACCAUUAUUAUGUAAGAUUUUUAGCAUACCUAUAUGAAUCUCCUACUUGGAGCACUUGAAUGCAACCCUUGCUCCAAUAAUAACGACAAAAAUGCAAGAAAUUGUUGUUAUAAAUUGUAAGAUACCUGUUCCCUUGGAAUGCUUUUGUCGGGGUACCUUUAUCAAUUAUCCAUCAUUGUUAUAAAUAAUGAAUGUUUCCAUGAUUUAAUGUAGUCGGCUACAGAAAAUAUAGAUAGAUGGGUGUUCACAACGGCCUUUGAAUGUUCAACGUCUAAUAUUCCAAAAUUGCUUAUAUUGUUCUUUAGAUAUAUAGAGUUUUUUCUGAUUAGCGUUAUUUGUGUAUGAAUCCGUAUUAGUAGAUGAUCAAUGAGCCUCUUUGACACACCAACACUGUUUUGCAAAGCAUAAUUGUGAUGUUAAUUCCAUGUAAGUUUUAUUUGUUUAAACUUAUUAAAAGUGUAAUUAAUAAAA